AGAAAACCUACCUUCGACCAUGCGCGCACGCCGAUAAGGCAUGAAUUGAUUUUUGCUGAAAUUUACACAACCAACUAAUAUAUUAAAACCGGUCGUCCGUGAGUGAAAUGUGGGACUGAAUGGUCCUCAAUGCGCACGCAAACUCAUCUGUAAUUAUGCUUUUCACACACACGUAGCUAAACAUGAAGACCAAUACACGGUGGAAUCGGCAACAGAUAUGUGUCUCGCUUUUUGCCGUACAUUUUAUCGGAGAAAUUCACUUGGAAAAUGGUUCUCGAUCAUUUUCAAGUUCAGUUACGUAAGUACGCGUGUGGAGAAUUAGUGCGGAAUAGCGGAUGUUUGGUGGUGCUCGACGGCGAAGUGGCACACAGUUAUAAGCUCUCACCCGCUCCACUGCCCGUCAGUUGCCGCUAGAACACCCUUGUACACGUUGAUUUAGUUUUUUUUUUGUGAAGUGUGUGUAAAUCGUAACAUAACACAAUCAUGUGCAGCUCAUUCCGGAUAGCCGUCGUGUCAGUUAUCUGUGUGGUCAUCGCCUCCGGUCAUGUACACGGACCUAGAAGAUCUCGUGUUACGAACACAGAGGAUUAUGCACAGAAUGAAGUAGACAGCGGAAGAUCCGAUGAGGGCUCUUGGUGGCCUACGGCCGAAUUUAGCGUUUUACAAAAAGUUUAUGACGAUUGCAGUGAGAAGAAACAGUUUACGAUGUGCCUUAAAGGCAAGGCUUUAACAGCAUUGACAAGAGCAGUCGAAAUGGAGAGCGUGCAGCUCGCGGAUGGGUUAACGUUGGUGAAACAAGCUGAUGUGCCCUCUGCGAUAUCAGAGCCUCGUUUCUUUUCUGGUAUGUCAACAGAAGAAAAGCUCGAUACUAUGCUGCGUACUAAAUUCGAGCAGUUAAUGAAUAGUCACACUAUUUCAAUGGAUUUGACCUCUGAAGGUAGAGGCAGAGGUAAGAAGGUGAUGCCCUAUUUGUUGCUUGGAAUCUUCACCACUCUGAGCAUAGUAGGGGGUAUGGCUCUGAAGACUUUGGCUGCAAUUGCUGGCAAGGCCCUUAUCGCCAGCAAGGUGGCUUUGACGAUUGCUGGAAUAAUCGCUCUCAAAAAGCUAUUUAGUCAUGACGGUAGCCAAGGCGAAACAACGUUCCAAGUACACGCAGAUGGACACCAUAGUCUUUAAUUCGAAGGCGAAAUCUGUAUGUGGUGAGGCAAGCGAAGCCCGGCGCAAUGGAUCCUUACCGAUUUUAUUCGGAGCAGACGACCGCGAGCGCGUAACCUUGGCGCUUCGAGUCGCCUAGACACGGCGCGGGCUCCUCCUGCAAUCAUCAGAAUCUGGUGAUGACAUUGGAUGACUCCGCCGCGCCGGCAUCCUACACACAAAAUAACCUCAAACCAAAGUACCGUUCAUAUUGUGGACAUCCUUCUUAGACGAAUCGGUCGUCCGUUCUCAAUUUUAAAUCUAUGUCAGUAAAUUAUUUAAUGUAAUUUAUUUAAUUAUGACUACGGUUGUAUGUAAUAUAUAAUUUAUUAAGUGAUGUAAGAUGUAAUA